AUGUUUGGUGCAUUUAGACCUACACUUGUCGCUCAAAGUGGUUUACUUUGGAAAAACCCUUUCCGCAUGUCAGCAACAAGAAAAGCCAAUCUUCGUAAGAGACUUAAGCAAGUCGAUGAUGUGAUUGCAGCAGUAGCCGAUUCAGGUGUUCAAUGUAAAGCUUUGGAUGAAGCACUUGCACUUCCCAAGGAAUCUGAAAUGCUUCCUAGAGACAAAUAUACCGUUUUCAGUCGCAAUGCUAAAGGUUAUCGUAAAUCAGUUCACAAAGUACCCAAGUUCACCAAGUUGACCAACAGAACCAGCCCUCAUGGCUUCUAA